AUGACACUACUUAAGCCUUCAAAAUCCUCAUAUACUAAAGCCAGUCGAAAGAUGUGGUUUACUUAUUUAACUGGUAGCAAUAAAUUUCAACAUGGACUUUUGGGUCUAACAGAUUCAUAUAUAGCCGGCAAUCUGUUCCUUGAAUUUCCUGAACCAAAACCUCUGAAAGUUAAGCAAAUUGAAGUACUUAUUACAGGUACUGAGAAUAACGAAUUAAAGGAAGAACUAUUCAAAGAUAUUACAAAAAUAAACUAUCCUUUUCAGUUUCCAUUACCUAAUGAUUUACCAUCAACCAUGGAUUUAGGUGUUAACUCUUAUGGUAUACCACAAUCAAUGGAUAUGAAAACUUGUCGUAUCUACUAUAAAGUGCAAGCAAGAAUUAUAAGGAAUAGCAAUUUUUUAAAAUUCCAAAGCUCUCAAAAGAAAAUUAAAUGUAAAUGCUUGAUUACACGAUAUAGUCCAAUGCCAAGGCCAGAAACUGUCAGAUGGACAGAAUGGGAUAAUUCAAAAGCUUUGAAAUGUGGAUUGAGUUAUGAUAUAUCAAUGGAUUAUAAUACAUUUGGGCCUAACAAUCCUAUUAUUGUGAAAUUAAUAAUUAAAUUUUUAAAAAUAAAUUUAAAUAUAAGAGAAAUAUUUAUUGGAUUGAAAGAAUAUCAUCAACUAAAAGCAUUAGGAAAUACAAAAAUUUCGGAACGUUAUAUUCAGGAAAGAAUUAUAUAUGGAAACCAAAUUCAAGUAAUAUUAAAUAAUGUCUGA